UAAACGUAAGUGACGCUGAGUUUGCCCUAAACUCGUAAAACCUCUUAUAUAAAAGGCCGUCUCCGCUCAAUGUAUCUUACAAUAUCUCUUCACCUCAGAACAAAGCUCCACCUUCAACAUCCGUCUCUCGUUUUCUCUUUCUCUUAUCAUCUCAAGGAAGUUGGCAGUGUAGUCUGCUGAGUUGAAGCUCCGACAAAGUGGAGGGUGUCAAGUUUGAAACUUAUUUUAUGUCUGAACGGGCCUCUCUCUUUUUGACAUCAAUUGGGUUGCUUGGUGAAUAUUGUCCUUCAUCUAGAAAAAAGAACAGAUAUCCAUCUUUCGAAGUUGGCUGCAUGCAUCUUGAGUUAGCUGAGGCAAAUAAUACACACCGUUCUGGUUGCCAAUUUAUGCGACCUUUUCCAAUUGCUGGGAGCUUGCUUGGUAAAGGAGGAUUUCACACCAAAAGAGGAGCUGCUGCGAUCUUUUGCCCUUUCUGAUUAAUUUGACUCAUUUCACUUAAACAAUUGAAUUAAAAUGGCUUUGCAAAACAUUGGUGCUUCGAACAGUGAUGAUGCCUUUUAUAGGUAUAAGAUGCCAAAAAUGAUCACCAAGAUUGAAGGAAGAGGUAAUGGCAUCAAGACCAAUGUGGUUAACAUGGUUGAGAUUGCUAAGGCCUUGGCCAGACCUGCAUCGUACACUACUAAAUAUUUUGGGAAUGAGCUUGGGGCGCAGUCCAAAUUUGAUGAGAAGACUGGAAUUUCACUUGUUAAUGGAGCCCAUGAUACUGCUAAGCUUGCUGGGCUUCUUGAGAAUUUUAUUAAGAAAUAUGUGCAGUGUUAUGGAUGUGGUAACCCAGAGACUGAGAUAGUUAUUACUAAGACGCAGAUGGUCCAACUGAAAUGUGCUGCUUGUGGGUUUGUCUCAGAUGUGGAUAUGAGGGACAAGCUUACAACAUUUAUUAUCAAGAACCCCCCGGAGCAAAAGAAAUCUUCGAAGGACAAGAAAGCAAUGAGGAGAGCUGAGAAGGAACGGCUCAAGGAGGGUGAGGCUGCAGAUGAGGAGAUGAAGAAGCUUAAAAAGGAAACAGGAAAGAAAAAGGGUUCUUCUGCUGGUUCAAAGGAUUUUGCUGCCAAAGGUGCCUCAACCAAGAAGAAAUCCCAAGCAUCUGAUGAGGAUCACUCCCCCCCUCGCAGCCAGGAUGAUGAGAAUGAGCAAGCAGCUACUGAUGACGAUGAUGACGAUGUUCAGUGGCAAACAGAUACUUCAUUGGAGGCAGCUAAGCAGCGUAUCCAGGAGCAGUUGAGUGCUGUUACUGCAGAUAUGGUUAUGCUUUCUACCAGUGAAGACAAGAAUAAGUCAGUUAAGAAGUCACCAGAGCGUGAGAAGAAGGGGCAUGAGAAUGGAACUAAUGGUACUAAUACCCAUGAAAGCCUUGUCAAUGAGAUAAAGGAAUGGCUGAAGAAGGGCUCUUCUAAUAGCCAACUUAAAACAUUUCUGAGUACACUCACUGGAACUCCACAAGAAGUCAUGGAUGCUUUAUUUGCAGCUCUCUUUGACGGUGUUGAAAAAGGAUUUGCCAAGGAGGCAUUGAGAAAGAAGAACUACCUGGCUGUUGCAACCCAAGAGGAGGGAUCCCAGACAGUUCUCCUGAACUCCAUUGAGUGUUUCUUUGGAAAGGCAGGCCCUGAUGUGGUGAAGGAUGUAGCAUUGGUUCUCAAAGUGCUGUAUGAUAAUGAUGUGUUGGAAGAGGAGUUUAUCCUAGAGUGGUACCAGCAGGGUGUGAGUGGUGGGAAUAAAAAUUCUUUGGUUUGGAAGAAUUUGAAGCCAUUUAUCGAGUGGCUUCAGAGUGCGGAGUCAGAAUCCGAAGAGGAUUGAUUAUGUAAGUGAAACUUCCUUGCUGCUGUGUAAAUGUGCUUUGUCAUGGUGUGAAAAUAACAAUUGGGGGCAUGGAUCAGAGUCUUGUUCCUACUGGUUAUUAUAUAUUGCUAUGUUUUCAUUAUCAUUGUAUGUUGUCUAGUUUAUUGAGUUCAGUCGGAGUCUGUUUCUGUUUGAGUGGGAUUAUCUGUUUGGAUCGAGGUGAAUUGUUUUUGUUAUUUUGGUUUCUUUCUUUUCGUAUGAAGUGUCGUUUCGAA